CAUCCGGGUAUUUUGGCAGUUGCGAACAAGACAAAAUGGCGCAAGCAUUAUUCGAGGCCCUGGCGAAUGGGGUGACCAUGGACAGUCAGACUGCUCUGGCUGUCCAGUCAUUGCUGGAGUCCCAAGGAGUCGCCGAGGCAACAUCACAACAACAACAACAGCAGGUGCCUGUUGAAGAAGACGACAUGUUCCAGUGUGGGAAAUGCAAGAAGCAGUUCAACUCCCUCUCAGCAUUUGUCAGUCACAAACAGGUGCGCUGCUCUCCGCAGCAGGUCAGCCAUCGGCCCACACAGCUCCCUGGGACCAGCCAUAACAGUGCUUUUACUGCUAAUGUGCAGCACACUCUGAAUAGACAAAACCAGUACAGCACAGUUCCUCCCUCCCCUCUUGCCCAGCUCAGUCAGGGUAUGGUACUCACUGAUGAACUGAUGACAUUCAACAUAGAUCAGGCUUCCCUGCAAGUGGGCACCAGUAUCCAGGGUGGUGGUUUUGGCAGCCAGGUGACCCCCCAGCUGACCUCCUCCAGAAGUCUGACCGUCACCCCGGUGUUUGGGACGGUCAGCACAGCGGGUGUCUUCUCCAGUAAUAACUCUGCCUUUACCAGCACAAUACCCUCGAAUCAGAUCCAGACCAUUCAGAUUCAGCAAGUCCCAGGUCAGUCACUGUCUCAACAACAGCACUCUCCAACACAGCAACAACAACAGCAGCAGCAACAACAACAACAGCAGCAACAGGGUAUCAUCAACCAGAAUGAUGGCAGAUCCAGUAAUCUCAUCACUAAGACAACUUCCAGGGUAAUAUCCCAGCUGUCAGGAGUGAAGACCAGUUCUACCAAUGGGAUGGACAUGAUCACCGUGGUUACGGACCAGGAUGAGAUCCAGGCUCAUCCACAGAUACUGCCAACACUGAAGAGGAGAACCAAGGGAGGAGGAGGGGGUUUAGAAGAUAACUCUCCUCGUAAGAAGCUCAAGUGCCAAUACUGUGACAAAAUGUUCUCCAAGAACUUUGAUCUGCAGCAGCACGUGCGCUCACACACAGGAGAGAAACCUUUUCAGUGUAUCGUGUGCGGACGCGCAUUUGCACAAAAGUCUAACGUCAAAAAGCACAUGCAGACCCAUAAGGUCUGGCCCAGUGGCUCUAGCGGCACACUACCCAAGCAGCCGCCACCACAAAACCUUGUGAUAGUCACGGAGGAUGGAGAAUCUCAGACAGUCGUCAACUCAGGCAGCACCGAACAUGAUGACAACCAACAGCCCUAUGUGGUGAGUAUCAACGCAGGCAUUACGGAGGCCACCACAGAUAAUACAUAUUUGUCCCCAGCACUGGGUGCAGGCGGGGAUAACUCCAAAAGUGGCCUUCAACCCAAGGUGGAGAUCAUCAUAGACAACUCCUACCUGUGCCAAUACUGCCCUCAGAAGUUCAAGUCUUACUUUCAACUCAAGUCCCACAUGACAAUACACAGAACUGAACAGGUGUAUAAAUGUGUACUGAAGACAUGUGGAGAGACUUUCAGAGAACUAGACGCCUUUUUAGAACACACAAAAACACACGAGGAAGACAUGACCUACAGAUGCCAUAUGUGUAACAAGCAGUUUCCAUCUCUAUAUGAACUUGGUGUUCAUCAGUAUUCACAUAGUCUGUAUCCUAACCAGGGACCCAAGACAGGGAACAGGGAGUUCAAAUGCCCCAAGUGCUCCAACAAGUACACGUCUCCUGAGGCACUACAGCACCACCUGCAGACCUCCACCCACAAGUACACCUGUGAGUUCUGCGCUAAGCUGUUCACGUGUGAGAGGUACCUACGCAGACAUCUUCUCAUCCAUGGAACAGGAGGUGAAUUUGAAUGUGAAGUGUGCCACAAGAAGUUCAAAACGGAGCACUAUUUAAAGUCUCAUGCUGUCAUUCACACUGGGGAGAAGCCUUUUGAAUGUGAGGUGUGCAACGCAGCGUUUAACAGGAAGGACAAGCUGAAGAGACACAUGCUGAUCCACGAGAAUACAAAGAGAUUUAAGUGUCCGUUUAGAAACCACAUAGGUUGUAUGAAAGCCUUCAACAGACCAGACAAGCUGAAGGCACACAUCAUCACUCACAGUGGUAUCAAACCUUUCAAGUGUGGAGAGUGUGGGAAAGAAUUCAGCAGGAAACCACACCUGAGAGAGCACGAACGAGGACAUAGGGGAGAGUACAAAUUUCACUGCCAGGAGUGUGGGAAAGGUUUCACUCGUUCCAAGCUACUCCAUAACCACCGUUGUCCCAUACAGGAAGAGAACGAAGACAUUGACUCCAUGGAUUCUGUUGACGCUAUCAACUUAGACACCCAACAGCCAGCAACGGUGAGUCGCCAACAACAGGCAAGAAAACCCGCAAAAGACACGACCAAAACAACAAAACGGCGCAAGAUGAUCACCGUCACGGAGCAGUCCAUACGCGAAGCUCGUUCCAAGCUUCCUGGGCAAAGACCCAUGACACGACGAGGACGGAAAAUUAAAUCUUACGGAAGAUUUGAUAGCUAUGAGAAAAAGACCACAUAUGCUGGCGAAUCUUCAGACAUGUUAUCUUUCGAUUCUGUUCAGUCACGGCUCACAAACCAAGCGUCGUCUGCUGGUGCCACUCCAGGUCAGGUGGGUAUGGAUGACCAAUCAGGAGCCGCUAUGGAGACCGUGCUAGCCAAUCAGAACGUUGAUCUCACGUCAGCUGACAUUGCCACUUCCUUGCCGCAGAGUGUCAUGUCCAGUGAUCCGACGUUGCGGAACGUGCAGAUUAUUCAAGACGGGAAUAGUCUGCAGAUCGUUGUGGGAAGCCCCGUGGCCUCGGAGGUCGGAGGAAACCCAACUAUUCUCGUCGCCACAACUCUCCCCCUCGACCAAGCCUACGAGAACACAGACUCUGUUCAUAUGUCGUCUGCCUACAGUCAAGAAGACGUGGACCCCGUGCUUCAAGGAACGGAAAACAUGCUAAGGGAAUCGGCCGAAAUCCUCAAGUCUGCUGAUCACAACAAGUCUUAUUGAUAAUGGCGUCUUACUUAAGGCGCACAUAGUUUUUUUCCAAGGCACACGAUGACACUGUAUGUUACUUUUUUUACUUUGGCCAUGGACAGUUUAUAAGAUCAAUAUUUUCCUGACAAUUUAACUCGGGAUUGGUAAAAAAUAAGUUAUUUGGCUUAGGUCAAAUUAUCGAUAUCAUGAAUUACAGAAUGGGGUUGUUUUUGCAGUCAUCCCGUGUACGGGGAGGCUACAAUACUCUAGAUUACACAUCUUGGAUGUCUGCUUUCAGGAAAACUUUCUCAUCUCCAGGUUUACCAAGCUUAGACCAACUAUGACCUCACGAGUAUGACGAGUUACAUAGCAUUUAUGGCAUAUCAGGGUCAAUUUCUUAUUUUGGUAUUUAUGUCAAUAUGUGUUGUAUAUUUUGAGUGUCAUCUCCCUCAAAUGGAUGAUAAUUGGAGUCUACACAGCCUGUUUUCUUUUACAAGAGUAGCAUGCGAUCUGUCAAUAAUAAGCGUAACUAUUUGCGCUUAUGUCUUGACCACAAUUAUGCAAAUUAUACAUAUUUAAAUUCAAUUAUACUGAUGUCGGAUUCAGCUUGAAGCGUUUCGAAUAUUAAUUUUUUCAUUUAUUGUAGUAAAAAUGUGUCUGUGCACAAUAAAAAUAAUUU